GUGAUAAAGAGGACAAGACACAAAUGGGUGAUAACGACCUUUUGGACUUGGCUGUUCUUACUAAUAAUUUUUUUCCGAUGGGUACCGACACAAUAUGUGGCCAAACCGAUUGGAAAGACUUACAUGGCCUUGAUUGGAAAGCCCAUCAUGAAGUCUACAAAUCAAAGGGUCCGACUAUUGGGUGGAUGGUUGGUCUUGCUCGGGUUGUGGUUGGCCAGCACCUUUGGAAUCAAGUUGGGGCCAGGAAACAAUUAUACAGAUCGAGCGAGAUCGUUAGUUGGCGUGAUGAUCUUCCAGCUCGGCUUUUGGGCCUCAUCUAAAAAUAAGAGUCUGAUUUGCUGGAGAACUGUGAUAGUUGGAUUGAUUCUGCAGCAGCUUUUAGCUUUGGCGGUACUGAAAUCUAAGGCCGGGUAUGAUUUCUUUCAUUGGAUUGCAACAGCAGCAACGGAUAUCUUAGACCAGGGUACGAAAGUGGGCGGGUUUUUCUUUUCCCCACAAGUGGUCGACAACCAUUGGUUUUUUGUCAACACCUUAGCUGCGAUAAUCUUCUUCAUAGCACUUGUUCAACUUCUUUAUUAUUUUGGAAUCAUGCAAGCUGUUAUGGUGAAAUUUGCCUGGGUGUUUUAUACCUUGAUGGGUGUCAGUGGUGUUGAAGCUUUAGCUGCAGCCGCCUCGCCGUUUGUUGGUCAGGGGGAAAGUGUUAUCCUGAUCCGGCCUUUUGCAGCACAAAUGACUGCCGCUGAGAUUCAUCAGGUGAUGACUUCAGGAUUUUCGACGAUAGCUGGAUCUGUCUUGAAGGCGUAUGUGGCCUUGGGGAUCCCAGCGGUUUAUCUGAUUAGCGCAUCGAUCAUGAGUAUACCAGCUUCCUUGGCAAUCAGUAAGCUGAGAUUCCCGGAAGACAGUCAGCCUCUCACUGCCGGCAAAGUUACCAUUCCCGAAGACGAGCAAACCAAUCGCAAAGGCAGUAAUGCAAUGAUGACAUUUUCGGAUGGCGCUUGGCUUGGAUUCAAAGUGGCCGGAAUGAUUUAAAUAUCGAUUCGGUUUUCUGAUAGACUACACAUAAGAUAAUUUUAAUGGCUUGUGAUUGAUUGGUAGACUUGCCAACCUUCUAACGAUUCUUGCACUAUCAUAUACCGUUGAUGGCUUAUUAACGUGGAUUGGGCAAUUUU